UAGCCGUGAACAGACGUUGAAGCGCGAUAUAUAGUUAAAGGGAGUUUCCACCGAUUUCUUCACAAAUGUACAGUUAAUUAUGAACGAUUAAAUUUACGAAACCAUAACCAACUCCUUAAAGGAAGCGUGGAAUAACAGAUUUCUGGACACAAAAUGUGCAUAAAAUGGAACGAUAUUGUGUUUUUUGUGGUUACCGGGGCAACCGAUCAACAUAACAUGAGUGCAGGUCUUCUGGUUACAUUCUAGUGUUUUCUUCAUUUUUUUCACAUUGAACUGAACUUUGCGGCCAGUCGAUGUCACAUUUUGUUAUGGAUCGAGGAAUUGAACACACGUAACUAUUCGUACUACUUGUAAAAUAAUGGUACGCAAUAAAGUGUGUAAACUUUUAGAGUGAUCGAAUUUGUCGGAUGACCAGGUGCUUGUGUAGUUGGGAUGAUCUAGGACUGUUUCGAUGAAAUCGGGUCUGUUUCGUUUGUCUUCAGUGGAACGAAUGGAAACAACCACCUACAGCACUUUACGAGCAAUUACGAAUGAGGGAUCCUAAACAGCCGGCCUGGUUGUGACAAUUCAAGACAGACUGAUGAAUAUUAAUGAGUCCUGCGGGACGGUGAAUAAUGUUGCAUAUUGAACUUUCAGUUGUAGGAAGUUGAAGGAAGGACACUCGGUGUCGGCAGCCAACCGUAGUGGUGGGUAAAUAGUUUGUAUCCUCUGCUGACAUGAAACCCUAUGAGAAGCAAAAGUGUUUAGUGGAAAUAUAUUUCAAAUGUGAAAAAAAUUGUUUGGUGAGCGACAGGAGACACGAUAAUAUGUGCACCCUAGUGCGAUGCAAACGAGGAAAUUUUUGAAUUGUCGGCAGGCAACCAAUUGAAGGGACGAUAUGUGCAACGACCGGAUGUUGCUGUAGAAUACGCUACCAGCCAUGAAUCGAUAUCUAACAUUGAGCCAACUUGGAGACGGCACCUACGGCACGGUUGUCCUUGGUCAACGCAAAGACACCGGCGAGAAGGUCGCCAUAAAGCGGAUGAAACGGAAGUACUAUUCCUGGGAGGAAGCCAUGAAUCUCAGGGAGGUUAAGUCCUUGAAAAAACUCUCCCAUGCCAACGUGGUCAAGCUGAAGGAGGUGAUUCGCGAGAACGACGUUCUCUAUUUUGUGUUCGAGUAUAUGCAGGAGAACCUGUACCAGCUGAUCAAGGAUCGCGAAACUCACUUCCCGGAAGCAACGAUAAGACUGAUACUGCAGCAAAUCCUUACGGGAUUGGCAUUCAUGCACCGACACGGGUUCUUCCAUCGGGAUCUGAAGCCGGAGAAUGUGUUGUGUAACGGGCCGGAGCUGGUGAAAAUUGCUGAUUUUGGGUUGGCUCGUGAAAUUCGAUCCCGGCCUCCUUACACGGACUACGUAUCGACUCGUUGGUAUCGUGCACCGGAAGUGUUACUCCACUCCACCCGAUACGGAAGUGCAAUCGACCUGUGGGCGGUAGGCUGCAUAGUUGCUGAACUUUAUACAUUUCGACCUCUUUUCCCAGGUUCCAGCGAAGUAGACCAGUUGUUCAAAAUAUGCUCCGUAUUAGGAACUCCGGAAAAGAGUGACUGGCCCGACGGACACAAACUCGCUUCAACGAUACAAUUCCGCUUUCCAGAGUGUCCGAAAAUUGCACUGGAGUCUUUGGUAACACGUGCUGGCUCCCCAGCGAUUCAUUUGUUGGAAGAUUUUCUUCGUUGGGAUCCGGAAAAGCGACCAACUGCGCAACAGUCGCUGAAAUAUCCCUACUUUGGUGCUAUGAAACAGAAGAAUUCGGCCGGUGUCGUGCCGAACGGGAACUCUCAGUUACCUCAGAUACAGCAGAACAAUAACGGUGUACCUAACGCAAGGAUUUCUAUAGUUGAUGUUUCCCAGUUGGAAAAUAGUGGAAUCAAUAAGAGAUUUAGUAUAAAUCCAAACAAUGUCAGUAGUGUGACUGUGAAUAACAACAAUAACAACAGCAACGGAAGUGUUUAUAAAUCUUUGAGUAAUAGUGACCUAAAUGAAAUCAAUUCUAUUCUAAGCAUGUCGCGAAUUUCUCAGAAUCCUCCAGUUGAAAAACAUGUCUCAUUGGAUAACGGCAAAAUAAAUGGUAGUGCUAAAAGCAAUAGUAAAUUUCAUAGUGGCAUCAAUUAUAGUGUACUCAAUGAAAUGCUAAACAGCUAUAAUCUGGGCCUGAACGAUAACCUUAAUCGUGGCAACUAUCAUCAGGGUCGAUUGGAGCGGAACAAUAGUAUCACAAAAUCGAUAACUGAACAAAGUGACAGUGGGGUGAACGACAAUGGCAGUUCGGUGGUGAGCUACUCAAUCGUUAAACCGCCAGUGGUAAAAAUCGAGGAAAAGCCAGCGGAAGUGUCCGUACCACGUAAGGAAAAAGUGAACGAAAUUUUUGUUACUAGGAACGGGGACAGUUUGGGCAAGCUUGGUGCUCAUCGGGCAGUGGACAGUGACGAUUCAAGUUACUUUAAUAAUGGAUUCUUUUUGCACAAACAAAAUGGAAACGUUAAUAAAGCUGACAACGAAAAAAGUGCGUUCAUGGAAAAUUUUCUGAACGAAUCGAAGGUUUAUAAUGCGUUCUCGAAGCAACCCGUGUUAUUGUCCAGAAAAACGGAUGAAGAGAUUAAGGUGCACAAGUCGAAGAAUCCUUCUAUCAAUCGAGGAUUACGAAACCACUUCAGCCGAAGCUGGGAGCCUGUGAAAGGGGGCAGCUUCGAAGAUGACCUGGAGGAUAUAUUGGGAAGCAGGAUCAAAUCAACGAAAAAAACUAAUCCGGAAUUCAAAGUGGAGGACAUUUUCGGAGCGGUUUCGUUUUCCAAAGAUUCCAGUACAUCGAAAUACCCGAACACGGUUCCAUUUGCCAAGGGUGUGAUGAAGAACGGCAAUACGCUGACCGACAUUUUCGACAAUUCGGAUUACACGAAACCAUCACAUUCCAGUGCGAAUAUUGCUCCAAGAAGAAAAAAUCAGCAGGUGUUUGUGUCCAAUAGCAGCUUUGCCACAGAUAGUGAGUUCAACGGUGUAAAUGCAUCCUUCAAACUGUUUCCGUGGGAAGACGCUCCAAAGAAUGCACCCGAAAGGAAGCAACUAGUCCCUGAUAUCGGUGUGUUGACAUAUGUCGGACCCAGUGGAGAUGGCAAAGGACGACCCGAUUGGGCCGCAAAGUAUCUCAACAAGUGAACCAAUAACUGUAGAAGUAUGAGCGUUUGCCAAUCGAAAAUAGUUACCUGGCAGACUGCGCAACAACUAUUUAGUAGUCACGAAGAAAAACUAGUGUAACAUAAUGUAUAUUUGUAUUAGACCGGUGAACCUUCAACAAUCUGUGAUAGAUCAGUGCAUAAAAAGUAGGGUUGGUUGUAUGCAGAUAUAAAAUUGCCUGAUUGAAUUCUUAAAUAAUAUAGUUUAAACGAAUAAAAAUAUCAUAUCAUUGUUUCAUGAA